AUGGUCGAACUUUUAAUAAAGACACCGAAGAAUUUGAGUGAUCACGUGUCAAUUCAUCCGAAAUCGACCACCGUGGAUCCCAAAUCUAGUUGCAAAAUUAACGUGAGAUUGAUACCCGAAUCGAAUAUCAUUACUUCUUCUAAACGAUUUUACAAUCCAGUGUCCAACAUAUUAGAGUUUCCGAUCAAAGUGCAAAUCCUGUCGCAGGAUUCGGAAAGACCGCCGCCAUUGAUAAUGAAAACCAUCGCCAGUCUAACACCUUGUAACGGUUUGAUAUUAGAACCAGCGAGUAUCGAUCUAGGAUUCGUUCACACACACGAGUCUGUCUACGCGGAAUUAACACUGACGAACGAGUCACUGUUGAUUCAAGAGUACGCUUUUAUAGAUCUUCCAUUAUCUGCUGAUAUAGAACCGAGUAACUUUGGAUUCAUUCUUCCCGGAGAAACUAUCAAUCUUCAUUUGAUUUAUUCCCCGUGCCCGACAGAUAUUCCUGGCAACAAAAUCGGGGCGAAUGGAUUGGCUGGUCAACGAAGAUUUCUAGUGGAAGUUUUCACUUUGGCCGAGCUUGCUGGGAAAAAGAAACAAGCGAUGCUGAAUCGAUUGAAGAAUCGGAUGAACAAGCAAAUGACGAUUUUCGACUAUCGCGGGAUUCCGCCCCCGUUCCAUGUAAAUCUAAAGAAAUCGAAGAUAGUGCGUCAACUCAACGAUCGAGAUAAUAACAACAAGCUUAAAGAAUACUCGGAGCUAGACGAGGCGAAUGACAAACAUCCCUGCGAGGAGGAAGAGAAAAAGAGAUUGUUGGAGGACACGAUGGAAAUAUACGAUCUGAUCGAUGAAAGGAAGCAGAAAAAUUUGAUAGAGGUUUACGCGUACAUCAUAGAUAACUUUUGCGAGUUGAGCGAGCAAAUUAUACAAUUUCCAGCGACCCCUUGUGGAUCCUAUUCCAUGGUGUCGGUUCAUCUGAGAGGAUUCAAUUUGGCGUCUUAUCCUUAUUGCACCUGCGGAAUCAUCAAGGAACAACGUAAGAAAUUCAGAGGCUGUUACGAAUUUACCAGCUCCUCGGAUAGGAUGAUCAUUGUGCCACAGUCUGGCAUUUUACAGAACGAUGAAAUUAUUAAUAUUAAUUUUAUGUUCAAACCAAAAUUACCGAAAAAAAUGAUCUUCGAGGAAGGUCUUAGAUUGAAGAUGAACAUGGAGGAGCUUCAUGAAAAUCAGGAGGUAAAGUCUGAAAAAGAAGAAAAAUCGAAGAAAGGUAUUUGGUUAUUAAAAAAAAAAAUAUAUAUAUAGUGAAAAGAAAAAAAAAUAAUUUUUUAAUUUUUCAAAAGCGAAAAAAGAAAAAAAGAAAAUAAUAGAAGAACCUGAGGUCGAUAUGUCGGCUGGUGAAAUCAGUUUAUUGGAAGCCUUCGAACCUUGCGUUUCCACGAUUUUCGUAACGUGCAUGAUCAACAUAGAGACGAAAAUCGGCGCACAACACGACGAACGAUUAUUUGCAAAAUUAAUAUGCCCGAUCAUUAAACCCGAAAUCGUUGUUUUAAAUGAGAAUCGUGUAAUAGAAUUCGAGCCGACAGCAAUUGGCAUGUCCUCCAGAAAAUUUCUCUUCGUUAAAAAUAUUUCCACUCAGUGAGUAUUGCGAACGAUAAGAAAAUAAGAAUUAAGAAAAAGAAAAAAAAAAGAAAGAAAGAAAGAAAGAAAGAAGGAAGGAAGG